UAAUGAAAAAGAGUGAAUUCAAUCAUACAUUGUACUACGGCAAAACUAUAUAUGAGAUAACAAUAGCCGAAAGUAAGAAAUAACAAGAAAUUCAUAUACUUUAUGUUCUUCACAAAGAAAAAUAACAUACAAACGCCACAGCCACAUUAUAACAAGAAAUUAUGGCCAUAAUAUAACUUUGAAUACAAAUUUUGAUAAAAAUCCGAUGCGGUGCUUAUAUUAUAUCGUUGCAUUUUGAACGCUUUUUGAUUAUUGGUCGUAUAUGGUGACUAGAUUUUUACACAGUAAUUUGAGUCGUCAAAACUUCAUUGUGCUACUCCCUAACAGAUUAUUUUUGGAUACUUGUUUAUUACUAAUUGCCUUUUUCGCACGCACAGACAUUUUUUCAACAUUGAUAAAAUAUCAAAUUACUGUCGCUUCUUUGUAUUCAUGUGCACUUUUCUUUAUCGUAACAAUUGUAUUCAUACACACACAAACGGAUUAGUGGCUGAUUCAUCUCGUACGUCCGCUUAAUAAGUUAAUGUCAUAAUAUAUACUUAUGUUUGACAUAUAGGAUAAGUUUUGUAUCAAAUCACACUGAAUAAUUGUUAGCGCGUAUGGAUCAUGUGGGCAUCGUAAAGUCAAUAAAAAAACUAGGCCAAUCGCUGAGGCGUGGAUAAAUACCCGGUUGUAAUAAAACUACCCGAUAUAUACUAGAAUAGUAAAUAACAGUGUAUGGAAUGGAUAAGUCAUUAAUAGAUCACCGAAUACUGCGUAACCAAUGAUGUUAGAUUACAAGAAAAUUGGAUAUUUUCUAAAACAUAUUAUAGUAUUUUUGUACUGCACCCAUUUCACGAAAGCCGAAGUGAAGUCAGUCAGCGCGUGCCAUGGUACCAGUAGUACAACAUGUAAUUUCAUAACCCUAGAGUGCGAGCCAGGAUCCAGAAUACGCCUCUUGUCAAUGAAGUAUGGCGUCAAAGACAACAACUGUAAUAGCAGAGAAAACCGAUGUUUGAAAUCCAACAGAAACGGUUGCUGUGCCUACAGCACGGAGGAUUGUAUGGACUACUAUAAUGACCUCCAUGCCUACAAUCUCCACAAGGAAUGCUCCGGCAAACAGAAAUGUGGCCCAAUGCCUGUUCCAGUCAAUAUCCUUAGUUCAUGUGAUGGCAGGACGUCUACUUACGCAUAUGUGACAUAUGAAUGUAUACCAGAUGAAAGUAUAGUGAGUCUUUGCCGAGUUGAUAAUUACGACAACUUACAGGAUACACACAUCAACGUGAUGUUCAGCAGCUCGGUAGAUAUGUUUUCCAGCCCUACAAAUUGCUCGUGCUUCAUUACGUCAAAUAGUACCAUUUAUUUAGACUACGUAGAUGUCAGAAUGAUAAAAACGGAGACCGACGGUCAAGGAAGUGACUGCUCUAUGGCGACGCUAACAACCGUACCUGAUGAUAAUAUAAACACUCAGUGUAGCAACGGCUGGAACGAAGAAGAAAACUUUGUCUAUAACAUUCUUGCUGAAGCUAAUACAUUGAUAGAGGUUAAACUUCUUAAUUUGUAUAGAAGUGGAAAUGCUGAUGCGCCUAAAUUCAUCUGGCUUAGUGUAUAUGCUGAUGAUCAAAACAAUGUGAACGUACAGUGUUUCAAGCAUGCAGAUUACACAACACUUCUUCCUCCUCAUACUACAUCAAAAGGUGACACUACAUCAAAAGGUGACACAAGCGAGCCAACCAACACAACAGAUCCACAAACAUCGCUGACUGGUGAUGAAGAUUCAAACAUCGGAGCUAUUGUUGCAGGAAUACUUGUACCAGUCAUCCUGCUUGCAGUUGUUGGAGUUGUCGUUGCUUUCCUUGUACGGAAAAGACGUGGAUAUUUAUGUAGGAAGAAGCAGAAACAUGCAACACCAAACAAGUAUACAGAAAGGCCAGAAAUCGAGAAUUCAGUCGAGAACAGUGAGUAUGCAGAGAUUGGUUUUGUGCCUGAUGUACCUAGCACAGAACCAAAUUACGAUCCUGUGUACGAGCCAAAGAAUAAAAAGACAACUCAAGAAUUAAAUGGACACACGUAUCAGAACGUUGGGGAAACAAGUAAAGAAGAAGGGAAACAAUCAAAAACAUCGAAAUGGCCACUAGGAAAACUGAAAUCUCAUACGGAUAGAUUGAUUUCGUUCUUUAAAAAUCAGACUGAAAAUGAUAUUCCACAAGUGCAGAAACGAGGAAGAGAAAACUCCGCUGGAACGUAUGAUCAUUUGAGACCAGCGUCGGCAAAUUCGGAAGUUCAUGUUGAAGUUACACCGCCUUGCGAGGAGCCCAUGCACAUAUAUUCCCACACAAAUGACGAGUCAGUUAAACGACAAGUAGCUAUUAAACAAAAUGACAAGGAUAUACACACCAAGAAAACUAAAGCGUCUCCUAAAAUAGAAAAGCAUCCGAAAGUUCCUACAGAAGAAAUAAAUGCUUUCCACGUUGGGGACUCUUAUAUAGAGUUUCAAUUCGGCACCGUAGAUGAAAACCACCCAGACCUCGUUAAGAGUCCAAAAGACAAUGAAAACGCAAGACCUGCUCCACCAAACCGACCUCCCCCUUCGCCUAGAACAGCCGCUAAGAGUGACAAAACACCAACUCCAAAGUCAAGUCCGAAACAAGCUCGUCCAGUACUGAAUGUAAAAAACGAUACACGAUCAAAAUCCCCAAAUUUCCUUUCACCAGGUCAUACAAGUCCCGAUGACGCAUCAAACUACGAUUAUGCUGCUGGGACACACGUAAGACCACGAAGUGUAAGUCCACAUACUUCGGACGUUUCUGACGUAUCAUCUGAACAUUCGUACAAAAUUUUAGAAAAACAGGAGUUGUAUGACUAUGCUGACGUCAGUGAUGAUGAACUAGCAGAUGAAGCGCAUACAUACACGUCUGGAUCAAUAUAUGAAGAUGUUGAUAAAGAUCCUAGAUCAGCAAGUGUACGAAAACACAAAAGUGCAACAGAAGUUCCACUAGAUACCAAUGGAUACCUCGAGCCAGUCACAAGCCGAACACGUGCAAUAUCUUCACCAGGUGUAAGCUCUGACCUGACGGAACACAAAAAUAAGUCAAAUACACCGAUAUCCACUACAAGCAUGUUGAAUAAGGAGUUGAAAGACAAAACGCAACAGAAAAAACAAACCAAGAACACACACGACGAUGUGAGCAAAAGUAACGCUAAGGGACUUAAUUCUAUAGCAACACACUCACAAAAGGUCGGUGAUGAUAGUAAUGCAGUGAAAAGUGAUAAUGUUGAUACCAAAGACUACCAAAAAGUUGAUGGAGUAAAAGGCGUGCUAAAGAUGGCCCAAAUAUUUGAAACCAAAGACAGUGAAAGCGAUUCAUCCAGACAAAGUUCUCCACGAAAUAUACAAGUCACAAACCUUCCAAGAAACAGUCCAAACUUUAAGACAUCGGAUGCAUGACCUUAAAAGCAAUUCGAAAGUUUCGUUAUCCCUUUAUAUUUUAUUUUUGUUCAAGAAUGUUGUCAUAACAACCAGUGUUCAUCAGUGAUUUCAGAUGAUAUAUUCACAUGCAGUUUCACAAUUGUUUUAAUUAUCAUUACCCAAUGUAAUUCAUAUUAUUACCUGUUCAUUAUUUAUAUGAAUUUAUAACACAAUGUGCCAUUCUUUUUACAUUUGUACAAUUUAUUACAAAUUGAGUAUUGCUUUAUUAUGUAACUUCUAUUUUAUCUGUAAGUCUUAAAUAAAGUCAAAAUUAUA